GAUGAGAUCACCCACCACAAUAGAGAACGGCAGCUAGCGGUAGCACAGAACACCAUGGCUCUCGCAAGCCAGGCCUUGCAUGACGCUCAGCUUGACCUCUGGCAAACCACAUUUGCCUAUGUCAAGUCCAUGGCCCUCAAAUCUGCCAUAGACCUCGGCAUCGCCGAGACCAUCCAACACCAUGGAGGCGGCGCCAACCUCUCCCAAAUAGCCACCAGAGCUAUGGUCCCUCCGGCCAAGAUCCCCUGCUUGAGCCGCCUCAUGCGUGUGCUCACGGCCACUGGUGUCUUCAGCACCCAGCAGGCGGGCAUUGCCAUCUGCGGCGAGGAGCUCCUGUACACGCUCACACCGAUGUCCCGUCUCCUUGUCGGCUCACGGAACCAGGUCCCUUUCAGCACCUUGGUACUCCAACCGUCCGCCUUCUCCUCCUUGCUCGAGCUUGGUGGGUGGCUCCGGCGUGAGCUGCCCCAACCAUGCCUGUUCCAGCUGGGGAACGGUCACACACUUUGGGAGCUAGCCGACAGUGACCCAGCGUUCAGCGCGCUCUUCAACGACGCGAUGAGCUCAGACACUGAACUCAUCAUGGACGUUGUUGUCAAUGAGCUCGGGGAGGCAUUAUUCCACGGGGUAGACUCAUUGAUCGACGUCGCUGGGGGCCAUGGCGCCGCAGCACAUGCCAUCUUGAAGGCGUUCCCGCAUCUGAAAUGCAGUGUCCUAGACCUUGGCCAUGUUGUUUCAGAUGCUCCCAAGGACACCGGCGUGCACUAUAUCGCUGGCAACAUGUUCGAGACUGUGCCACCAGCGAGCAUGAUAUUUCUCAAGUCGGUCUUGCAUGACUGGGGCCACGAGGAAUGUGUCAAGAUAUUGAAAAACUGCAAAGAAGCUAUUCCUCCAAGAGACCAAGGAGGAAAGGUGGUAAUACUAGAUAUUGUGGUUGGUGCAGGACAGUCUGGCAAGAAGUCGAGAGAGAUGCAGGUCGUAUUUGAUCUGUUCCUCAUGUCUAUCAACGGCGCUGAGAGAGACGAGAACCAGUGGAAGAAGAUCUUCUUCGAAGCAGGAUUCCGGGACUACAAAAUAACCCCGGUUCUGGGCGUUCGCUCAAUCAUCGAGGUCUACCCAUGACGUCCAUGCAAUUAAUAUAUCAGCAUCUUUUCCAAUACCAUGGUGAACCAGAUCAGAACUUAUUAUGUGGGGUGGAUCUGCAGUGCUAAAUAAGUUUGCGUGUUGGCAGACAUAUAUGUUACAGCUUAUGUGUGUAUGUAUUUCCCUUUAAUAUAAAAAAGUGAGUGCGCGUCUACCACGCACGUUACAUGGAAUGCGGUAUCUGCCAGAUUUAUAUUAGCAGAUGAGAUUA